AUGUAUGUAUAACCCUAUGAUGCCUUUUUUUAAAAAUUCUAAAAAAAUGGGAAAAUAACUAGGACUGAUUUGAUAACUAUUUUGUAGGCUAUGAAUUACAAUGAAAUGUAAAUAAACAAUGUAUUAUCCAAAUUUAAUGAUGAUGAAAUAAGUAAAAGUAAUUAAGUAUAUAGAUUAUAAUUAGUUUAUGCUUUGUAUUAUGGUUCCAAAUAUUCCUACUUAUAGAUUCCCUACUCAACCAUAGUAACCUAUUCCAUAAAGAAUAGAGUAAGAUUGGAAUUAACAAAAAUUUACUUAAGAAUAAUAAUAAUAAAUCUAUGAUGAAUUCAAAAGCUUUUUAAAAGGCUAAGAAUAUGAAAAGGUAGUGAAUUUACUAUGUAAGAAGUUUUAAUGAAUAUUUUUAGAAUAGUAUAAAGAAAUGGAUUUGGUGAAUGUAAUAGAUUCACAAAGUAAAUAGAUUUGUUCUUAUAUUGUGGUGUAAUAUGAUAAUGAAGGAUUGGCAUUGAAAUUUUUAUCGUUAUUGACAGAUUUUAAAGUUAAUUUAAAUUUUAAGGAUUCAUUAAAAUAAUCAAUACUAUUUUACAUAUGUAGAGAUGGUAAACUAAAAUUACUUGAUUUUGUAUUAUCCUAAAAUGCAGUUAAUAUAGAUGAUCAAGAUUAAUAUGGAUAAACACCAUUAUUUUAUGCGGCUAGAGAUAAUAAAAUUGAUAUUGUAACUAGGUAUAUAUAAAAUAUUUGAUAUUAGACUUGUUUAAGUAGGAGCCAAUGUCAAUUUAGUUGACACACUAUCAAAUCAAACAGCAUUAUUUUAUUCAGCUAGAGAAGGAAAUGCUGAAAUAUGUAAAAUUUUAAUAGACGUAAAAACAUUUAUUUAAUAUAGAAUGGUUGUAAUCCAAAUCAUUAGGAUUAACAUAAAAAAACAGCUUAAUUCUUUGCAAAGAGAUUUUAAAGAAAAGAAGUGAUAGAAUUAUUUAAUUCAUAUUUUGGAAAAAGUAAAGAUGAUAAUAAACAAAAUUCUAAUUAUAAUAAUAAUGAUAAUAGUAAAGGAGAAUAACAAAAAUAAUAAAAGAAGAAAAAUAAGGAUUUACCAAAAUAAGCAUAUAAAUUAAUGUUUACUGAUGAAUAUGGUAAUCUUUAAGAAGUUACUUAAUCUGAAUUUGCUAGAUUUCAAUAAUAAUACCCUUAAAUAGCUAAUUUAAUAAUAAAUGCUGAUGAUUUAAUAGAUGACAAUGUUUUGAAUUCUAUUAAGGAUGAUGAACUUUGGGAAAAAGUAGCUAAAAAAGUGUUAUAAAUAUUAUGGAAAGCAAAAGGUGCAUAAUUAUUUCAUAAUCCUGUUGAUUAGAAAAAGUAUGGAAUAAAUGAUUAUUAUGAUAUUGUUAAAAAACCUAUGGAUUUUGGAACUAUUAAGGUAUUAUAAUAAUAUUAAAUAGCAAAAAUUAAAUACAAAUCAAUAUAAAAAUUGUAAAGAAUUCUAUAAUGAUAUUAUUUUGGUGUUUGAUAAUUGUGUAUUAUAUAAUGGAUCAGAAAAUGAUAUUGGUUAGAUUGGUCUCGCAUUAAAAUAAGAGUUCUUGAAUUAAGUAGAAUAAACUGGUCUAAAAAAACAUUUAUAAUGA